GGUUUCUUUCCGCCUCUCGCGCAGGCCGCGACCUGGGUUGGGCUGUUUUGGGGAUCCUCUGUCAAUAGUGCUGCUGGGCUCAGCCGAAAAGGCGUUGGCCCGCUGCCCCUGUCUCGCACAGCCGUCUCUCCACCUUGCUGCGCGGCGCUCCCCAGCCGAGCGGAGCUGUGGGACCGGGGCAUGGCGGGGCUGGGCCCCCGCGACUGAGAGCUGCAGCAGGAAGGCCGGGCCGGGCCGGGCCGGGUGGGCGCGCUGCGCCCUGCGGCGGCAAGAAGGCAGGCAUUCCAGUCCAUGAUGUCCAUGAUGAGAUUCUCCAUGUCUGACAACAUCACACGCUCUACUGCCCUGGUGACAGCACUAGAUAAUGUGACAACUUUGUCUCCAGCAACAACGCAGGCAAUCAACGGCACGAACAUCACGGUGCCACACAAGUGCCUGCUGCUGCUCUACGAGGACAUUGGGAAGUCCAGAGUCCGCUACUGGGAUCUUUUGCUCCUGGUUCCCAAUGUGCUUUUCUUUAUGUUUCUUCUCUGGAAGCUGCCCUCUGCCAGGGCCAAAAUCCGGGUCACUUCCAGCCCAAUCUUCACUACAUUCUACAUACUAGUGUUUGUGGUGGCUUUAGUUGGUAUUGCCCGUGCUGUUGUCUCCAUGACUGUGAGUGCCUCUGAUGCUGCCACAGUUGCUGAUAAGAUCCUGUGGGAGAUCACAAGGUUCUUCCUUCUGGCUAUCGAGCUGAGCGUGGUGAUUCUAGGCCUUGCCUUUGGUCACCUGGAGAGCAAGUCGAGUGUGAAGCGUGUUCUGGCGAUCACUACAGUGCUGUCUCUAGCAUAUUCUGUCACUCAGGGGACCUUGGAAAUCCUAUACCCUGAUGCUCACCUCUCAGCUGAAGACUUCAACAUCUAUGGCCAUGGAGGGAGACAUUUCUGGCUUGCUAGCUCUUGUUUCUUCUUUCUGGUCUAUUCCUUUGUGGUGGUUCUUCCAAAAACUCCUCUUAAAGACCGGAUUUCUCUGCCAUCCAGGAAGAGUUUUUAUGUUUAUGCUGGGAUCUUGGCAGUGCUGAAUCUGGUGCAGGGUCUGGGCAGUGCCCUUCUCUGUGUGGAUAUCAUAGAAGGACUGUGCUGUGUUGAUGCUACUACGUUCCUUUACUUCAGCUUCUUUGCACCUCUCAUCUAUGUGGCAUUCCUGAAAGGCUUCUUUGGGUCUGAGCCGAAGAUCCUUUUCUCCUACAAGUGUCAGGUGGAUGAACCUGAAGAUGUGGAUGUGCACCUACCCCAUGCUUACGCUGUUGCCAAGAAGGAAGGAAUGGAUUCUGGGUUCUACUCAAGCACUCAGAUUGAUACCACCGCCUACCUGGAUGACGUGGCCUCUAUGCCGUAUCAUGUGGGCAGCAUCAACAGCAUAGACAGCGAUCGCUGGAAAGCCAUCAAUGCCUAAGGCAGGGCUACCCUCUGCACCUGAUGCCUCAUUUUCCCUUAUAAACUCCCUGAUACUGCAGAUGUUAGGAUGUCCACUGGAAAUCUAUUCAUUGCUAUCUGCCGUGGCUUUCCUCUUUUCCUUAGGAUUUCUGAAACCUACCAUGGAACUAAGUUGACAGCCUUUUUGGAAAGAACGUUUUUUUUUUUGUCACUGCCUGAGAACACUUUAGAACAGUCCUGUUCAUAAACCUAUAAACACCGAACCUUCCUGAUUCUUUGUGUUCCAGAUGUGAAUAUGACCCAGAAGACAGGCCUGACUGGCACCUCUUGCUUUUCAAUGACUGACAGCACUUGUCUACCAACUAAGGGAAUGUCAUUUAGACACUGUUGAUUUGACCGCUGUAUUCUACACAUAUAUAGAGAGAUUGGUGGUUUAAACCAAAGUUGGUUUUUCUGGGCUUUCUCAAGCAGCGCAGUUGUCUGGAUCUUGUCAUAACAACGGCACAGGCAGCGACAGCAGUGUCCAAAUGGGGAAGCUGCUGAGUUGGACUCAUCUCUGGUUUCAGUGAAUGCUAAUGAAAACUGUGAAUUGCAAUUGUUAGGAGUUGAAAGGAUUGUGUUCUGAGUGUGUGGGAAGGAGAGGUGUGAAGAGAAAUGAACUGUCCAGUCUAUCCUAGGGCUGUUUUGGGACACAUGCUAGUAGCUUGCAGCGUGUGUGUGAGCUGACAGAACAAUAAAGAGGGUCAUGGAGGGUGCUGUGAAGGAAGAGGCUGUCUCUGCUGAUGAAGGCUUCAGAGACAUUCAGAUGCUUGAGGCAGAGCAGAAGCUGAUGAAUCUGAGCUGUCAGUGACUAGUGACUGGGAGCUCUCAAACACCACAGGCAUCUUAGGAUCAAAUUGGCUGGUGUUCUAGGUUGGUAGGCAGGUGGGAGAUGGAUGCUCUGAUAUAGCUUCUGUGGUAGUGUCCUCUUCUGUUGCAGUUCAGAUUCCCAGACUUCUACUGGCUUUAACAGGCUUUUCAUCUUGAUGCAUUGAAAAUACUUAUGGGCAUGUGAAGUGGGGUUCAUUUCAAAACUAUCUGGAACUUCUUAAUCUCUUCCACACUGGAAUAGGGACUGUUGUCAGAGCUGUUUGGCAUGCAGUUCCAAGACAUUUUGUUCCAAUCCAGGGACUGUUCAGCUGAUAGCUGCAAUAAACUGGUUUCUGAGACAGACUGUGCUCUCCAAGGAUGAAGAGGUUUAUUCUUCUAGCUUUGGGGAAGUCAGCUUUGGGGAACCUACCUGAGUCAUCUGGGUAGGCGGAGAUCUACUGCAGGCAAUAACAACUUCCCAUUAGAAAUAGUACAAAGAGGGAAUUUGAAACAUUUCAGCACUGUGCAUCUCUUGCCCCAACUCACUGCUGUUCCUGAAAAAGAAUAUUGGGGUGAGAGUUCUUGGGCAAUCAUUGUGCAGGGUGCAGCAUGGAGGUAUCAGUUUAGAUCAGGAGUGGGUGUAGGGAAAGCAUUUCCCACUGCAGGGAAAGAAACAGUUUGGAUAAGACCACGAGGUUCCUAUCAGUUGCCAAAACUAUGCAGGCCCUUUGCUUAUCUCUUUUUCGUUAAUGAGCAAUGCAGCCCCUCUGUUCUGCAGCCUGGGGACUUUGCCCUGCAGGCUUCUGAGUAGCACUGACACCAUUAAUAAUAAAAAUGUUUUAAAUUCCACGAAACACUUCUUUUAUCUUGUCAAAUGAGAAAGACUUCCAUGUAUGAGAGCUGAAGUGUCUAGCCUUUCACAUUUUCCCUGCUCGUAAUGACUAUGAAAGGGUGGACAAGCAACUGGCCAGGCCAAGUUAGUCCUUGCCACAUUCGAGAAGUGUUCUGUGCUCCUCCUGUUGCUUGCUGUGAAUCUGCCUCAGCCACAGGUUACUUGUAAAAGGGAUGGAUGAUGUGUUGCCUGAAUUGCCCUGCUGCUGCUCUUAGUGUGGCUCUGAUCCUGAGCGGCUGUUAGCAAGUGUGGGGAAACCAGCAGAGCUUCCCUGGAGUUGGUUGGCCUUGGACAGGUCUGAAAGCUUUGAAUGUCUAAGCAGAUCACUUGUGCAGGUGGCCAGCGUGUCCACCCUGUCCCUUGCUAGCAGGACUCCAGUAUUUCUGGAGUGUUCCGUGUUCUGCUGCUGGGGAGCUUCUGUGCCAGGUCACGGACUGACCUUCCUUCUGGUGUAUUUCUAUGUGUAUAUAAUGCUUCGGGCCGUAUUCACAAUGGUCCUUCAGCAGAAGUGUGUUGUGUGGGGGGGGGUGUGUGUAAAGAGUCUAAAUAUAGAAUAAAUGUCUAUUUUUGUUUGUAAAAUAAAGAAAUAAAGUGAAGUUUGGCAUAAA